ACAAAUCCUCAUCUCCAUCUAUCAAAGCUUCUACCACAAGUCAUCCAUCAAGAUGUCGAGGCAAGGGCCCCAGCUCGAACCAAUCCCUGAAGAUGAGGAAGUCGAACUCAGAGGAGGUUCUCGUCAUACGACUCCAAAUGAGUUUGAUCUUUUGAUAACUCAAGCCCUAGAAAGACCUUGCUGUCUCUCAUAUCUUAACAAUUCCAUGCCGAAUAUUAUUGAAGCAGCCUCUCAAGCAAGUAUUCUCGCGCCUCAACCCCGGUAUGGCAACCCAUUCGAAGAUAACAACUCCACAUAUCCAUCUACACACGAACACUCUCCUCCGUCUUUGCCCCCGCCUUCGCCUUCAUCCACUGCGUCCUUCUAUACCGCUCCCUCAUCUCCCUCUCCCAUUCUUCCCGAUGACCAUAGCUGCCCCCAAAUCCAAAACCUCCUCGCAUACAUCAGAGAAAGAACCCAAAAACGCCUCCAGCAAACAGACCUCUCUGACAACUUCUUCACCAAAUGGGCCAUCGUCUCAACCAACAUGUACGGAGGCGUCAUCCCCCCUGACUCCAAAUACUCAGUCCCCCCCUUCGCCCUCCCAAGCUACGACGGCCAAGUUCGCCUCCGCUUCAUCGGCAAAGCCCUUGGGUUAUCCCUCACCGGUCUCACUGGCGAUAUCGAAAAGUUCCUCUGCCGGAAUCUCUUCAUCAUCACAUGCCUCGUUUUCAACAUUGUCCCUAACCCUAAUCUCAUCUUUGAUGAUGACGACGGAUUCUGUUGCGGCGUCAAUGUAGAUCGUCCCGGCGGUAAGAAACACAACAAAGCGCUACUUCGUGCUAUUCAG